CUUCCCAGCCGCUGGCUUCCCAUCGUGCUCCGCGGCCGUGUGGAGCGAGGCCUUGUUCCCGCGUUGAGCCGCCGCCGCCGCCUCCUCCUCAGCUUGAAGCCUCCACGCCAGGCCCGUCCGCGCCGCUCCAUGUCGGACUACAGCACCGGAGGCCCCCCGCCCGGCCCGCCGCCUCCUGCCGGAGGAGGAGGAGGAGCCGCGGGUGCGGGAGGAGGCCCUCCGAUUGCAGCCAAAAUUGGAGGUGAUGCUGCUACCACCGUGAAUAACAACACUCCCGAUUUCGGUUUUGGGGGCCAAAAGAGACAGCUGGAAGAUGGAGACCAGCCAGACAGCAAGAAACUGGCUUCCCAGGGAGACUCUAUUGGUUCUCAACUGGGACCCAUUCAUCCUCCCCCCAGGACCUCUAUGACAGAAGAGUAUAGGGUCCCGGACGGCAUGGUGGGCUUGAUCAUUGGCAGAGGUGGUGAGCAGAUUAACAAAAUCCAGCAGGACUCGGGCUGCAAAGUUCAGAUCUCACCAGAUAGUGGUGGCCUCCCUGAGCGCAGCGUGUCCCUGACUGGAGCCCCUGAGUCUGUCCAAAAGGCGAAGAUGAUGCUGGAUGACAUCGUGUCACGGGGCCGUGGGGGACCCCCAGGACAGUUCCAUGAUAACGCUAAUGGGGGUCAGAAUGGCACGGUGCAGGAGAUCAUGAUCCCCGCUGGCAAGGCUGGCCUGGUCAUUGGCAAGGGCGGGGAGACCAUCAAGCAGCUGCAGGAGCGCGCUGGGGUAAAGAUGAUUUUAAUUCAAGAUGGCUCCCAAAAUACAAAUGUGGACAAGCCACUGCGGAUCAUUGGGGACCCAUACAAAGUGCAGCAAGCCUGUGAGAUGGUGAUGGACAUCCUGCGAGAACGUGAUCAGGGCGGCUUUGGGGACCGCAAUGAGUACGGAUCUCGAGUUGGUGGAGGCAUUGAUGUACCUGUACCCCGGCAUUCAGUUGGUGUGGUCAUUGGCCGGAGUGGAGAGAUGAUCAAGAAGAUCCAGAAUGACGCUGGUGUACGCAUCCAGUUCAAGCAAGAUGAUGGGACAGGCCCUGAGAAGAUUGCUCACAUCAUGGGGCCCCCAGAUCGGUGUGAGCAUGCAGCCCGGAUCAUCAAUGACCUCCUUCAGAGCCUUCGGAGUGGGCCCCCCGGUCCUCCAGGGGCCCCUGGCAUGCCCCCUGGGGGCCGGGGGCGGGGCCGGGGCCAAGGCAACUGGGGCCCUCCUGGAGGAGAGAUGACCUUCUCCAUUCCUACCCACAAGUGUGGCUUGGUCAUUGGCCGAGGUGGUGAGAAUGUGAAGGCCAUUAACCAGCAGACGGGCGCCUUUGUGGAGAUAUCUCGGCAGCUGCCACCCAAUGGGGACCCCAACUUCAAGUUGUUCGUCAUCCGGGGCUCACCCCAGCAGAUUGACCAUGCAAAGCAGCUCAUUGAGGAGAAGAUAGAGGGUCCCCUCUGCCCAGUUGGACCAGGCCCUGGAGGACCAGGCCCUGCUGGACCUAUGGGGCCUUUCAACCCUGGACCCUUCAACCAGGGGCCUCCAGGAGCACCCCCACAUGCCGGUGGUCCCCCUCCUCAUCAGUACCCGCCUCAGGGCUGGGGCAAUACCUACCCCCAGUGGCAACCGCCUGCUCCCCAUGACCCAAACAAAGCUGCUGCAGCAGCUGCAGACCCUAAUGCUGCCUGGGCCGCCUACUACUCCCACUACUACCAGCAACCCCCGGGCCCUGUGCCAGGCCCUGCCCCAGCCCCUGCAGCCCCACCUGCGCAGGGGGAGCCCCCCCAGCCUCCACCCACUGGCCAGUCGGAUUAUACCAAGGCCUGGGAAGAGUAUUACAAGAAAAUUGGCCAGCAGCCCCAGCAACCUGGUGCGCCCCCACAGCAGGACUACACCAAGGCCUGGGAAGAAUACUACAAGAAGCAAGCGCAAGUGGCCACUGGUGGGGGUCCUGGAGCACCCCCUGGCUCCCAGCCCGACUACAGCGCCGCCUGGGCUGAGUAUUACAGACAGCAGGCCGCUUACUACGGACAGACCCCAGGCCCUGGUGGCCCACAGCCACCUCCCACCCAGCAGGGACAGCAGCAGGCAAGUGGGAACUGCCACCCUCCUCCUCCUCCUUUCUCCUUCCAACCCCCGGCCACCGUCCAUCCUGCCUUAGUGGGUAGCGCCGGAAACCCUUUCCCCUGCGGGGUGUGCCCUUGAUGCCAGCCUCGGGCGCGUGGCCAGAGUCUCCCGGAGCCCCGCAGCCCCGCCGCUGGGAAGCGCCCACCUGCUGGGUGCAGAGGCUCACGGAAGAGGCUCCUCCAGCAGCCGCAGCCGCUGUUGGUGCAACGUUGUCGGGUGCUGGGGGCACCGGCCGAAAAGGUGGAACUCUGAACUGCUGGGGUGUCCCGGGUGGGGGCAGAAAGUGGGGACUGCACUGGGCGCCAUGCCGGUUGUCGAACCCACUCGCUCAAAAUCUGGCCACUUGGGAAGAAAAUGUCUAUUUUUUUCCCCUUCUCAGCAUCACUAUUUUGGGUUUUGUUCUUUUUUAUUCUUUUAUUUUUUUAAAGACACCAUCUUUAUCCCCCAUGUCCAAGUAACUGCGUGUUGCAGGCGGCCUUGGCUCUGCUGGGAUGGAGGGGAGCCCACUGAGGGGACUGGGCCCUCCCUGCCUGGCAAGGCCACCUCUCGUGCACUUGCCUCUGUGUCCCAGUCUUGUCUGUGAAGUGGGCAUGACGAUCGUUGCCACCUUCCAACCUACCUCACAGGGGUGUUGUGGGGACACCAUGAUCUGAAUGUUGUGACGCCGAGCCGCCGCCUCCCUCCUCUGCCCCCUCCUCCCCACCCUGGCACUUCUCCCUUGUGCGCCCCUUCCAUGCCUCUGGCUUCUGCUGCAGACCCCUUCUCCUCCUCUUCCUCUGCUUCUCUUCCACCAAGGAGCAGUCUGACUUCAGCAGAGUCCCCAAGACAGACAGUCACAGCCCCCUGCCUGGCCUGUGCGGGCUUGGGUCCGGCCUCCUGGCCGGCUGCCUGGAGUCGCAGCCUCUUGCAGCCCGGCCGCCCUCCUGCCAUGACCAUUCCUGUCUCUCCCUCUCCGCAGGCAAUUGAAGCAAAUGGAUAUGAACUUCAUCUGUGAAAAUAUUUUUUUCCCUCCAUUUUUGUUCCAUUUGGGGGCUUCUUUUAUUGGUUUCUAUAAUUUGAUU